AUGGAUUUGCUCCUCCAGCUCGGAGCCAUUGUUGGGUUGUUGGCUAUAAUUCUCCUCUACCAUUUAUGGGUCGCAAUUAGUUCUCCUCACCAGGAGGAGGCACCAGAACCACCAGGAGCUUGGCCCAUAAUUGGUCAUCUCCUUCAACUUGCAACCCCUCAGCCACUCUACCGAACGCUUGCAACCAUGGCUGACAAGCAUGGACCGGCUUUCACUGUUCGAUUCGGUGUCCAUCGAACACUAGUCAUCAGCAGCUGGGAAUUGGCCAAGGAGUGCUUCACUACCAACGAUAAGGCCCUCGCAAGCCGUCCAAGAAGUGCCGCCGGUGACCAUUUAACCUAUGAUUACGCAAUAAUGGGGUUCGCACCCUAUGGACCUUACUGGCGUGAAGUACGCAAGUGGUUGGUGCUCGAGUUACUCUCAAACCGCCGGCUCGAGUCACACAAGCGUGUUCAAUUUGCAGAAAUAGAUAAUUGGAUUAAGGAUUUACAUGGGCUUUGUGUCAGCAGCAACAACAACAGAAAUCAGAUUCAGGUCGAAAUGAAUCGACUUUUUCUUGAUCUAACUCUGAGUGUUGUUCUCAAAACGGUUGUGGGCAAACGAUAUUUCAGUGUCGUUGAUGUGGAGCACAAACAAGAGGUCCAGCGGAUCCAAAAUAUUCUGUUGGAGUUCUUAAAAUUGAUGGGUGUCUCGGUUGCAUCAGAUGUGCUUCCCAGCUUCUUAUCAUGGAUGGAUUGGAAUGGGGAACAAAGGGCAAUGAAGAGGGUAGCCAAGGAGAUUGACUUGGUUGCUGAGAGCUGGCUCCAAGAGCAUCUACAAAAGAGAAAACCUGCAGAGAAGAGUGAUCAUGCAAGUGAGCAGCAAGAUUUCAUGGAUGUGAUGUUGUCUAUCCUCGAAGAAGAUGUUCAAUUCCACGGUCACGAUCGUGAUACAGUAGUGAAGGCCAUCACACUAAAUAUGAUCGCAGCUGCCACAGACACCACCGCGCUCACCCUUUCAUGGGUACUUUCAUUAUUACUGAAAAACAAAGAAAGCUUAAAAAAGGCUCAAGAAGAGUUAGACUUCCAUGUUGGGAAGGAUAGGAAGGUGGAAGAGAAAGACAUUGCUAACCUUGUUUAUCUCCAAGCAAUAAUCAAAGAAACAUUUCGCCUUUACCCAGCAGGACCACUCUUAGUUCCUCAUGAAGCCAUGGAAGACUGCACUGUAAGUGGUUUCAGAGUCCCAAAAGGAACACGUGUGUUAAUUAACGCUUGGAAAAUACAAAGAGACCCAACCGUGUGGGAAAACCCAUUGGAGUUUCAGCCAGAGAGAUUUCUCACAAACCAUGCCGAUGUAGAUGUACGUGGAAAGAACUUUGAAUUGAUUCCGUUUGGAUCGGGUAGAAGAUCAUGCCCAGGGAUCUCAUCUGCACUUCAUAACAUGCACAUAACGCUUGCCCGCUUGCUUCAUGAGUUCGAGCUGCAGACACCUUCUAAUGAGCCUCUGGAUAUGACUACGGCCACUGGCUUAACAUCACCCAGGGAAACACCAUUAGAAGUCCUCCUUAGCCCUCGACUUCCUUCCAAUGUUUAUGAGUGAGAAGGUGUUACCACCAUGUCC